GGUCAAAAUGGUACAAUGCGACUUCCAGUGAACGAUCCUAUGUCUAACGUAUGUCGAAUAAUAAAUGGUGAUGGACAGCAUUUCAACAUUACAUUUCAACAGGGUCGUCAGUUCCCGGAUGCCAAUUUACCCGGCGUCCCUGCGGACCAGACAAAAGCCAUUUUUGAAGCUGCGAUACGCGCCUUGGCGCAACUUCAGUCUCUAGAUACGGAUCAGCUUACCUUAGAAGGAAUCGAUGACAAAGAAGACGUCUUAAAACAGAGGAUGGAUAUGCUGUUUGAAGCUUACAAAAAGACAGAAAGGAAGUCCAAUCCUAAAGCUCAUCGAUUAAUGGAGUGGCUGAGAGACAAAAAACCCAACGAUGGCAAGAAACCUGUCAUCCAUCACGAAGAUUUCAGAAUUUCAAAUAUACUUUGGCACCCAAAUGAGCCUCAGGCGCUGGCCGUGAUAGACUGGGAAGGGGCAUGCUGGGGGCAUCCAUUUGAGGACCUGGCAUAUUUCUGUUUUCCGUUCCAUUUUCCCGCUGCGUUGGAAUUUAUGCCUGCUGGAAAGAUUGGUUAUUACUCAGAGGGGAUACCUAGUGAAGAGGCAUUGCUGUCUUUGUACUGUGAUCUCACUGGAAACGGUCUUCCUCUAUCAAACUGGAAAUUCUUCUUGGGACUUGUUUUUUUUCGGGUCAUCGUAAAUAUUCAGACGGUUGUUUCUCAAGUGAGCGAUGGUGGCGGCGAGUUUCCACUCACUAUCAAGAGCAUGUCUGAUUUGUUAGAGCCUCUUGUAGAACAUGCGUGCACAAUUGUUGGGCUCCAGUGAUAAGAUAAAAACUCUUCUCUUUCAAGAAAACGCGUUUGCAUGUUAUUAAAAGUAGCGGAAACCUU